AUGCCUUGCAAAGAGAGUAUUGGCGAUCUCCUUAUGAGCGUAGCGUAUGGCCGGGUUCUUGAUGUGACCGCUCUUGUUCUUGGAGAUCUGAUAGGACCUGAGCUUAUCAUCCUCCAAAGGGCAUGGAGUUCUGUUGCUGGCACACACAUCUCUGUGUCAAGCCCCCGAAGCGUGAAGGUGAUGUAUCCGAUCCCAUCUCUCUUGAGCUCAGCAGCUGCUUCUUGGGAUGCUUCUUGA